AAUCGCUAUCUCAAGAUCAAGAUGCCCAAAUUCUUCUGUAGGUCAUAUUCUACUCUUACACCAUUCUCGACCUACGCGAUUCCAGUGGUCUCGUGCCUGCGACAUCAAGAACUCCGUGCACAUCGCGAGAUCCCAUCCUAGUACCUUCCAGCCACGCCACAACUGAACUGACCGACAACUUUAUACAACAGGUGACUACUGCGAUGUCUACCUUACGCAUGACUCGAUGAGUGUGCGCAAGGCGCACAACUCUGGCCGCAACCAUUUGAGAAACGUUGUGGAGUACUACCAACAGAUCGGACAAGAAAAGGCUCAAUCCGUCAUUGACUCCAUCACAUCAUCAUACGCCGCCGAAGGCCAGGCUGUACCCAACCCUGCGAUGGUUCCUCCGGGCGCCUACCCCCCUCCCUUUGGAUUCCCCGGCCGCCCAGGUCAACUGCCUCCUCCUCCCUUCGGGAUGCCCGCACCUGGCGGAGCUCCCGGAGCCCCAGGCAUGCCUCCUCCCCCUGGAGCAAGAGGCCUUCCCUUCCCACCCCCGUUCCCCGGCGUCGGCGGCCCCGGUGCCCCUGGUGGUCUUCCGGCCCUACCCAAUAUGCCCCCCGGCGCCCAGGGAUUCCCUCCCAUCCCACCCCCCGGCGGAUUCCCCGCUGGAUUCCCCACGCCUCCUCCCGGUGCAGCAGGGUUCCCCGGCCUGCCUCCCCCGGGCCAGCUUCCGCCAGCCGGCUACAGUCCCAGCCCGACCCCCGGGAUCAAUGGCCCGCCCGGGUCCGAUGCAUAUGCCCAUGCUGCUCCACCCCCUGGCAUGGGUCCUUCGUCUCUGCCUGGCCCGCCUCCGGGGUUGGGUGAUAGACGAUGAGAACCCUCCCCUCGAGGAGCUUAAUGUCUUGAUUGUUUCUACACAUUGCAUUUGAUCUCAUAUCUUUUCCGCACCAAAACAUCUCAUGGACUCUGUCUGUCCCCACAUGUUCGAAAUUUACCUUUUAUACCUCCCUCCACCUUGAACGCUUGGUCUGUUGCUUAGACUGUACUGUGGUCAUGUUUCUCUUCCCUCUCUUUUCUCCAUUUCUUCAAAUCCUGGCGUGGUCUCUGAAUAUGAUAUUUGGGUUUUAUCUUAUCUGGUGUUAUCAUGUUUUUUUUUCCCUCUCUUUAAACGAAAGAAAGGAGGAGUGGAAACAGUUGAU